AUGGAGUUGGCCAAUGGGUCUGCAGUCCAGGAAUUUGUGUUACUGGGAUUUGGAGGUGGGCCUCAGAAGCAGUUCCUGCUCCUCAUUUUCUUCACCGUCAUCUACAUGCUCUCUUUAGCUGAGAACAUCUUCAUCAUCACUCUGGUCUUCCUGGAUGCCCACUUGUCCCAGAUUCCAAUGUACAUCCUGCUGAGCAACUUCUCCUGGCUGGAGGUGUGCUAUGUGUCCACCUCUGUGCCCCGUAUGCUCUUCGACUUAGCAUCCUCAAAUGGGAUCAUCUCUUUCCAGGCCUGUUUCUUUCAGUUCUACGUUGUAUUCUCACUUGGCAACACUGAAUUCUUUUUCCUCUCAGCCAUGGCUUUUGAUCGGUACUUGGCCAUCUGCCACCCACUGCGCUACCUACAGAUCAUGUCCCCAACGUUCUGCUAUUGCUUGGUGGCUGCUUGCUGGGUCCUUGGAUUCCUGGGGUACAUUAUUCCAGUGACCGUGAUCUCCAAAUUGUCCUUCUGUGGACCUAACGUCAUUGACCAUUUUGUAUGUGAUCCAGGCCCAAUUCUGUCCCUGGUCUGCCCUCCAAUAGGAAAUGCAGCCCUUAUCUUCCAAGUAUUCUUGAAUGCUCUAUUUUUAGGCAAUGUCUUGUUUGUAGUGCUAUCUUACGGCAUUGUAAUUUUCACCCUCCUGAAAUCCUCCAAGCCAGGCAAUCGAAAGAAGGCCUUCUCCACCAUAUCGAUGCACCUAAUGGUGGUGACCCUUUUCUAUGGCUCAGUAGGAGGCAUGUACUGCAUUCCAAGUGGAGAAAACCAGUCAGCACUGACAAAAGCAAUCACCGUCUUCUACAGUAUCAUCACACCCUUUCUCAACCCCUUGAUCUACUCUCUGAGGAAUGACCAGGUGAAAGAGGCCCUGGGCAGGUUGCUGAAAAGAAGGGCAAGAGGGUGGAAUGAAUGGGAAGAGUCAAAAAGGAAGCUGGAGGGGAAAUGA